UGUGGUGUGUGGUUCACGUUUACAAAAGGACUUUAACGAUGGCGAUGCUGCUUCUCGUUCUCCUGUCGGCGCAACAUAGCAGCGCCACGUGGACGUCGAACAUCCAGAAUUACGCUAUCCUGUCACCAGUGCAGGACAUCGUCUCCGUCCACUCUGAAUGUGAUUGUAGAGAGCUGUGCAUUCAGUACGACAACUGCACGGCAGUGACGUACGAUGCCGUGGGCGACACCUGCACCCUCAGUGGGGGGAGUCAGAGCUCCCUGACAACACAGCGUAGAGUUGACACCGUCACCUACGCCAAAUUCAGUUACACUCCCCCUGCACCACAGCUGUUCAUGUCGACGGACAAGUCAUAUAACCAGUCUCGUGCAGAUAUGGUGGCAAUGUGUGCUGCUCAAAAUGGGAUCCCGCUCAUCAUACGCACCACACAACAACGGGCUCAAGCCGUGCAGCUUGUGGGGACCUAUGGUACAUGGACCAUUUUUUCCGGUGGAAGCUAUGCCUUCCUCUCCGCCCGCGAUGUGCUCGCCACUGAAGAUCCCAUUUGGCCCGACGGAACCAAAGUCAUUGGCUCGGUCUUCACAAAAAGCAACAUCCAAAUUGAAACCAAGUAUGGGAUAGCAACAAUGCUUACGAGCGACGGGAAUGUUGUCAUCACAAAGGAAAUGAACCCUAACGAAUUGCACUCCUUGUGUGAAAAAUAUCCAUAAAAAUUUCAGCCGCUGAAACAGAGCGUGUAAUAAUGAAAGGAUCUUAAACUUUUCUUCUAUUAGAAUCGUGAGAUAACUCUGUGGAAUGGCUCUGUCAUCCUUAAUAGGUGAUUCAAAACUAUACCAUUGUGCAAAUUUAUGAAAAUAAAUAAUGCAACAUAUAGAUGUUGGGAUGCUUACAUUUACAUUUUCUUUUCAUCAUAAAGCGUUCCGUCACAAAGCGUCGCUUCACACCAUAACUCUGGUCUUUGUGAUACCUUUUCAAAAAAUAAUCCUCGUUCAGUUUGUGUUUAAUUUGUGGCUUCGACAUCAUUUGGUACUUCUUCAAAUUAAAAACAUUUAAUUGAUGUACAACUUAAAUGGAUACGAGUUCAAGACGCAUAGUUGGCCAAUGCCUGAAAAUCCUGGGGUCAUUCUCUCAAAACUCGCUAAGUGAACGUAAGUA